AUGUAUAGCGGACCGGAACAGGUAGAAGCCAUUUCGACGCUCUCGGGCAACGACGAGGCAAAUAGUGUCAAAAGGCCUGCAAGAGCGAAGAACACGACCGAAAGCUCGCCCAGGGACAGCGGCCGAACUGAGAACGUGACAGUGGCUUCUGCCGACAAUCCGAAUCCCAACAGCGAGUCCAGGGCAUCGGCAUCCACCUGGCUUCAGAUGGUCCGCACCUACAGCUGCGUCGACUUGAAGCCUCUCGAAAGCGAAAGCACCGAGAACAGCACCGGGAUUCGUCAAAGGGGCACCGGCUACCACUCCCUCAUCCUGGGCAUCCUACUCGCCGGCGGUACCAGUGCCGCACUUUCCCUGGUCAAUGUCAUCAUCAAGCGGCUGGAGACCGUGAGCACGCUAGAGGUGCUCACAUUCAUGUCCUUCGGCGUCUUCAUCGGUAUCCUCCCCGCGGCCACGGAAGAAGUGGAGCCUUUCGGACCGAGGCAAGCCCAGCCGCUUCUCUUCGGGCGGACCGUUCUGUCGCUGUGCUCGUCCGCGCUGAGGCUGAUGAGCUUGUCCUACCUGAGCAUCGCCGACUCGUCCAUCACCACGAGCCUCACCCCGAUCAUGGUCGGCAUCACGGCGACGUUGUUCCUCGCCGAGUCUUUUCACUGGACCCAGGGCGUGGCCGUAGCCCUGUCAGUGCUCGGAAUGACGCUCGUGGUGAAGCCACCGUUUCUGGCCGCCGCGGGGGGUUCGUUCACGAAGACGCAGUACAUCGGAAUCGCCUACGGAAUGAGUCACGCUGUGCUGAACGGCGUCACCGCCGUGUGCAUACGGGCGACCAAGGCCAUGGGUCGCCUCAAGGUCUUCUACGAUGGCUCGCAAAUCGGAUACCUGCUGCUCAUCUCUCAUCUCACAUUCGCGCUCCAGAUGUUCCUGAGCAAGGCGCUCCAGGUAGAGAGCGCUUCCUUGGUGACCAUCGUCAAGACGUCGUCGGACGUGGUCUUCGGAUUUAUAAUGCAGGCCGUGUUCUUGAACGUGCAUCCUGACAUAUUUAACGUCACCGGUGGAACGCUCGUUCUCUCCGGUGUCUUGAUCAUCGGACUACGCAAGAUUGCUCAAGCCGCACAACCCGAAAGUACCCUCAAGCGCAAGCUACGCUUUCUGCUUUGA